GAUACACUUGCCGAACCAUCCACUCGGGUUUUUUCGAGGCCAAAUUUGCAAAGCAGGACGAGUAGCAACAACCAGGUUCGAAAGAAGGCGUCGCGCAAGUUUCACAAUCAGGUCGAACAUGUGCUCUCCCUGAACGGCGACGUUUCGAGGGCAGCCUUGAUGAAACCCAAGGUUGGCCUCUUCGAAGGCCAACAAGUUGCCUUUAUCACGCUCGCCAGCUGCAUCUUCGAUGGACCCGAUGAUUGCCAAGUCAAAAUCCUCAAUGCUUACUAUGCCAACCAGCUCCCAAGCAUUCGCGAAGAUGUCGAGUCGAAAGUCGCACCAGCGCUGAUACCCAAAAUCUGGAUCGUGCUGGAAAGAAUGCCCCUUGACGAUGCGGGCAAUCCAAAUCGGAGGAAGCUGCAGACGUGGGUCCAGAACGUCAAUGAGGACCUAUACCAGCACAUCUUGUCCGUGGACGUAGAAGAGAAACUCACGCAGCCAACCACUGAAAACGAAUUUACGAUCCAGCGAGCCGUCAGUAGGGUCUUGAUGCUGGAACAGUCAAAUGUUGGGAUGAAUAUGCCUUUCAUCCGGCUGGGAGGCGACGCGAGAUUGGCGAAACAGCUCAUGUCUCGUUGCCGAUCACUUGGCCUUCUACUCAACACUGACGACAUUCUCAGAUCAGCCUCUCUUGCGCAUCUGGCCUCGUUAGCCGUGCCGCGUGAUAUUGAAGCCGAGACAGAAGCAAUCAGAGCUGAGACUUUCGAGCUCGCGCCAAUGCAGCGUCUCUACUUCUCGACCACGAUGGGCAACGGUAGCUGCGACCCAAACUCGGAGCCAGAAUCCCACCGUUUCAACCAAAGUGUGCUGUUCCGCUUCAGGAAAAUCAUGUCAGUUGACAGCAUUCGUGCUGCUGUCGAAACCGUCGUGAGACAGCACGCCAUGCUGAGAUGCCGCUUUCACCGUGUCGCCGACUCGUGGCGGCAGUCUGUGGACAGCGACGUGACAGGGUCGUUCCAUUUUGGUGACCACGCAAUUAGCACGGAUGCAGAAGUACAAAGGGCCAUUCGCAACGCGCAGACAACAAUCGACAUAGAACACGGCCCACUAUUUGCAGCCCAUCAUUUUCGGACGCAUGACGGAUAUCAGAUGCUGUACUUGGUCGCGCAUCAUCUUGUAGUCGAUCUCAAGUCGUGGAAGGUGAUUGCCCGGGAUCUAGAGACGCUCCUCACCCGUGGCAGUCUCAUGUCCCAACCGACGCUCACAUUUGAAGAGUGGGCACGACACCAGAAACAACUCGUGGAGAGAGAUGGGACUGUGGCCCGCGACGCUCCAUUCGAAGUCCCCUCUGCCGACUGGACAUACUGGGGAAUCACUAAGAACUCGAACACAUAUGGGCAUUCCACCACGGCUGGCUUUACAAUCGGCAAGGAAAUCAUAGCAAUGCUUGGCGACAACGUGGAAGCGAUCAAGAACGAUUGCACAGAAAUCUUCGUGGCUGCUACCGUGUUAUCCUUCGCCCAGACUUUCCGCGACAGGAACGUCCCAGUCGUUUGGAACCAGGAACACGAUCGCGCCGCUAUGGACAACCAGCAUGAUGUCUCAGAGGUAGUCGGAUGGUUCACAUCCCUUUGUCCUCUCAGAGCUGAUGUGACAUCCCUGGACGAUUUAUCUUCGGUGAUAUGUCGCAUCAAAGAUGCGCGUCAACAGAUGAACUCGAGGGAGACACCUUACUUCACCGCAAACCUCAUGGAUGAAGUCCAUGUAAACGACUUUCUUGCGAAGCAAUUUCCCCUCGAGGUGAUAUUCACAUUUGCGGGAAGUCCAAACGACGACACAGAGAGCUCCAACUCCCUGCUAGAACAGUUGCGCAUACCUGGACAAAAUCUCUCCUCCAAUACGUCAGAUAUUGGGCCAGAAGUUGGGCGCAUCUCCGCAUUUGAGGUGUCUGCUUGCGUUAGUGAUGGGGAAGUCAGGUUCAAGUUCGUAUACAAUAAGCACUCUUACCAUCAGGAUUUGAUCCAAGCUUGGAUCCAAGGAUGCGAGAACCUUCUGGUGGAGGGUAUCAAGCGGCGUCAGUUGAAGUACAUCGACCUGGCGUUAACAGAUAUUCCACAUCUUGACGCCAGCUACGAAGGCUUGAGGUUGCUCAACAAGACUAUUCUUCCCAGUUUGAACAUCAAUCCCAAGGACAUUGAAGCAAUCUACCCAACUACCACGAGCCAAGAAAACAUCCUAGUCCAUCAAUCACUCGUCCCGGGUAGCUCAGACUGUAGUAUGGUAUUCGAUUUCGACGUCGAGGACGACCCUAUCGACAUAGGUCGCAUUUGCGCUGCUUGGCAGCAAAUCUCAGACAGGCACACGGCCUUGCGAGCCGUUUUCGCGCCCAGCGUCUCCAGAACCGGCUUGUUUGACCAGAUUAUUUUGCGACGACACUCCCCCAGCAUGCUGUUUCUUGAGACAGAGCAUGACCGAGAUGCUUUACGGGCAACGGGAGAUCAUCCUCCACUGGCUCUGACGGAAGGCGUCCCGUGGCAUCGGUUAGUGGUCUGCCAGGCGCCCAGUCGAGUUCUGAUCAAGAUCGAGGCAAACCAAGCCAUAUGUGAUGGUGCCAGUUUGGCUAUCUUGUUCGAAGAACUUGAGCAGGCCUAUCUCGGCCAACGAAUCUCCGCUACGCCUCAGAUGUUGUUUCCAGACUACCUACAGAAUAUCGUGCCGAAUCGAGACAGCACAGAAUUCUGGAAAGAGAGAAUGAGUGGCUUCAACUCGAGCAUCUUCCCAUGUCUCUCGAACCAAAAGAGCAGCUGGCGCAACCCAGUCGUCACUCUUCCAAUUCGCCGGGAGCGUCUCGAAGAGUUUGCAAAUACUUACAGGAUAAACAUGUCGACUAUAUUUCAAGCAGCCUGGGGGAUGCUGCUGAGAACUUACAUCGGGUCAGAUGAUGUAUGUUUCGGUUAUCGCACAGCUGGCAGAGAUAUCGGGUUCUCCGCACUACAAGAUGCUGUCGGGUCCUUCACUAGGUUGCUUGUCUGCAGACUUGCCGUUCCCAACCAUCAGGUCAUUGCUCAGAUCCUCCUGGACGCCGAAAACAGCACCGAAGCGGCGCGAGGUCACCAGAUUGUUGACAUCAAUGAGAUCCAGCACUCACUAGGAAUCAAAGGCCGAGAACUUUUCAACACUUGCAUAUCCUUUGGCUAUGAGGAUGUGUCAAGGCCAUAUCUUCUUGACAGCGACAUGACCUUUGUUGCGUCACAACGGUCGUCUCAUCUUGACGUCGACGCCAACAUUCACUUUGUUGAGGGUACUUUGACCGUUGAUUUGGGCAAUCGUAUCCUCGGUUCGGACCAGUCAAUCCACGUUGCUCAUGUUUUUGGACGAGCUGUGCAGACCUUGUUGGACUUCCCAGAUAGCUCUAUCCAGGAGGCCGACCUCUUCACUGAGCUUGACCACCAGCAAAUCUUGUCGUGGAAUAGCGCGUCUCGAUUCGAUAUGGCUACAGAACAUGUGCACCAGCUCAUUGCCAAGAAGGCUGCCGCAAAUCCAGAUAUCCAAGCUGUCAGCGCGUGGGACGGAGAAUUUUCCUACCAUGAGCUGAAUCAACUGUCGAAAGCUCUGGCAGGUCAUCUCACGCUCUCUGGACUCAAGCCACAUACUCCUGUCGUUGUCAUCAUGGAAAAGAACCGAUGGUCGGUUGUUGCCAUGCUUGCUGUUCUAUACUCCGGAGCAAUACUUGUACCGGUCGAUGCUGAAGCCAAGAGCAUAAUCAAGUACGUCUUGAAGGUGGUUGGCCCUCGUUUCAUUCUAGCGUCGGACAACGUGCGCAGGAGCAUUGAGAGCCCAAACUCUGAGAUUCUCCUCAUCAACGAGUAUACCGUCCCCACCAUGUCAGCACAGGCUUCUACACUGAGUCAUGUUGGGAUAAAGUCACACCAUGCUGCGUGCAUUCUGUUCGAGCACGGCUGCGCAAAGUCGAAGAAGUGCAUAUCGUACAGCCACGGUGCACUAGCCACCGCUUGCCAGGGCCAAGGUCCUGCACUGCGUAUCAAUCCUUCGAGUCGUGUCAUGCAGUUAUCGUCAUUCAGCGUCGACAUAGCACUCUCCGAGAUUUUCACGACUCUCAUCAAUGGCGGCUGCGUUUGCGUACCGUCAGCAAAUGAGAGGAUUACGGACUUCACCGGAGCAGCGCGCAGGAUGAAUGUGAAUUGGACUUACCUGACACCAACACUAUCACGCAAACUCACACCAGAGAGCAUCCCGGAUCUUGCUGUUGUUUGCUUCCGUUCGCGACAGUUAGACGAUGACACCUACGCCUUGUGGUCUGGCAAAGCCAAAGUGCUACUGGUCUACGGCUCAGCGGGUGCCUGCCCGCUGGGUCUGUCCGCUGCGGAAAUCAGCGGUGCCAAUACCGCACAAUGUAUCGGAAACCCCUUUUGUGGUAAUUUCUGGAUCGUGAGCGGAGAGGACACAAACCGUCUCGUGCCCGUAGGCGCUGUGGGCCAGCUAGUCAUUGGUUCUCCAACGCUCGGGUGCGAAAUCGAUUUGGAGGAGCAGGACAUCACAUCGUGGAUUGUGGAAGCCAGCAGUCAAAGCGCCAUUGAUCACGAAGAACGAGACAUGCGGCUAUUGCACACCGGGCACCCCGUUCGAUAUGGUGAAGGUGGGCAGAUCGAGUUCAUCGCUCGUGACUUCGAAGCUGCGGACACGGCGGGAAACAUCUUUCGUUUUUCUGAUAUCGAGCCCAGACUACGAAGGUGCCUAGGGCGUGGGGUCGAUGUCGUAGUCGAGGCAGUAGGCUUUCAGGAUCCAUCGUCACGCCCAAUCCUCGCGGCUUUUGUGGAGCUCGGUGAGAACCUCUUUCACGGCAAGGAUGAUCUGCUCAACUUGAGUCCGGUCACGAAAGAGAGACUCUAUCUCGCCAAAAAGAUGGCAGAAAUGGUUCUCCGCGAGACGCUUCCGAGUCACAUGAUCCCAUCGGCUUAUAUCCCCGUCAAGCAAAUGCCUCUGACGCCGUCUCUCAAGGUCAAUCGAGUCAAGCUUCAGAAGACGAUAUUCGGGUUAUCCCGACAACAGCUCCUGGAAUUGUCUGAGGUCCCGAACCCCCAAGAAGUGGAAGCCAUCGGUCUCAAGCCGCUACCUUUUACAAACACUGAGCAGCAUGUCAGGACCAUCUGGUCAUCCAUACUCAAUGUCCCAGAAGCUUCCAUCACAGCCAACAAUGGAUUUAUGAGCCUGGGCGGAGAUGCGAUACUGGCCCGUGAACUCAUUGUCCACUGCCGUCAGCAUGGAAUUGCGUUAUCGAUUGUAGAUGUUUUACAGAACCUUACCCUUGCGGAGUUGUGUCGGGGAGUGUCUACCGAUGAGCUUGUCGUCAAAGUCGCUGACGCGGGCCGACAAGGCCCUUCGAGUCCAAAUGAUGGUCUCCUUGAAGUCACCGAUGUGGCUCAAGGUCUAGGUUUGGACAGAGCCAAGGUUCACGACGUGGCUGAGGCAUCUUCUCUCCAGUCUCUAUCGGUGGAGUCUGGAAGCCUGUCGUCUCGGGGAAACGUCAACUAUUUCAUGUUGUCGAUCACGGGUUCUUUGGACUGGGUCAAACUCGAAAGCGCGUGUUCUCGACUUAUCCAGGCACACCCAAUACUUCGGACAUCAUUCAAAACACACGACCGUAAGCUCUACCAGGUAGUCUCAAAGUCGCACCGGGCAGACUUUGAGCGACAUCAGUGCCCUAAUUGGCGUCUGGGCAAUCUUGCCACAAAAGUGAUCAAGAAGGACCAGUCUCUAGCGGCAGACUUCGGCAAGCCGAUGACAAAGUUCUUCUUUGUGGACGCAGGGCGCAAUUCUAUCCUCAUUCUACGACUCUCACGAGCUCAGUACGACGAGGCAUCAAUUCCUGCACUGCUUAGGGACUUGAGUCUUCUCUACGAUCGUGGCGAUCGUACACUCCGACGGCCGGGCUUUUGCGACAUUGUCAGGGCGUCGCAGGCGACAUACUCGGCGGGUGCUACGGAUUAUUGGCGAACGCUCCUCGAGGGUGCAUCAAUGACUCAAAUCAUAUCACAAACCAGUCCACCAAUCCCUAGCGCCGCUUCGAAAACAAUUCUGCAACGAAUGCCGACAGGAUCUUUACAGAAUCUCGGUAUCCCCUUUGAGACGAUCUUAAAAGGCUCCUGGUCCGUUGUCCUAUCCAAUCUCGCGUGUAGCGACGAUGUGGUUUUUGGUCAUCUUGUCGAGGGCAAACAUCUCACGCUUCCAGAUGGGCGCACUGACGUUGUCGGCCCACGAGGCAACAUCAUACCAGUACGAACCCGACUGCCAGAUAUUGGAAUCACACCAUAUGAGUUCUUCCGUUGUAUCCAGAGCCAACAUAUUGCCAGUACUCCCCAUGAGAACAUGCAAUUCAUGGACAUUGUCCAGCGUUGCACAGACUGGGCGCCCUGGACACGGUUCAGUACUGUCAUUCAGCACCAACGCGAGUCUGAUCGUGAAUCUGCAUCGAACAAGAUCAUGAUUGGAGAUGCCGCAUGCAAGCUCGAUAGUCUUGAGUGCAACCAUCAGACCACCGACAUGUUCGUACGGUCAUCCAUAUCCAGCCCCACGCACGUGGAGAUCUCCCUCACAUUCGACGAGAAGCGAAUUCCUACCUUCUUCGCAGAGGAUGUUUUGAAGACGCUUUGCACGACUAUUACUCUGCUUACUUCGGCUUUUGUGACAGAGCCACUUUCUUUUAAGGGACUGAACAAUCACAACAUCACCUCACCCAAGAUACCACUUCACGUUCCCCGACAUGAAGAUGCCAAGCAGCCAGGACCGGUGCAGACGGUCACGCCCGAACAUGCUCGUGCCAUCAACACUCUCAUAUCAGAUGCCUGGGAUGCCGUGCUUGAUGCUCAGACUCAUCGCGUGGCGGACGUGCGAGCUGUGCCUUUCUACAAAGUCUGGGGCUCAUUGGUCCCUGCCGCGGAGCUCGCGAAAUACUAUUCGAAUCAAAUCUCCAGCCUGAGAAUCCCCGGACUCGAUCAGGCUGUCUUCACGAUGGAGGAUAUUAUAGAUAGUCCAACCAUGAUGCAACAGUAUGAGCUCAUCAUCUCCAGACAGGUCGCCCCAUCGCACCUUCGUCGCAAUCCGAGCCUUAGUUUGAGCACUCGAGCUGGUCAUUGGGGGUCGCAGAUCCGCCGACUAGCCCCGGAUCGCAAGGGAACUGUCCAUCACACUUCAAGUGGCCGCACCGGCACACCCACCAUCUCACAUCUCGGUAUUGGCAGCGGCGGUUCGAUGGAAUCGAUGACUACGGGAAGCAGUCAGAGCGAUAGCGAUGAGCUAAGAGAUGGUCCGUUGUCUGCCUCAUCGACCACAUCUCCGUCGCGACCCUCGAUCUCAAAUACACGAAACCGGUAUGGAGGAAAACACUCAAGAAAAACAUCCCUGACGUUUGGAAAACUCAAAAUAUCUAAUGUCUAAUGAUGUCGAGUUCCGCAACCCACACUCCUGGUUUUUCGCAUUGGGUUUUGGGGUGCCGUUGGGGGGGGGGGGUCCCAAUUGAUUGCCUUUUGUCACAAUUGGCACUCUGCCUACUGUACUUGCA